AUGAAUCAACCAGUCGCAUGCGGGCAGAACAUUUCACUUUGCUCUGGUCGUUAUCACACCUUCUGUUCCAUUCAACCCGUCAGUUUGAAAAUGUGCAGUGCGAAGAUGAAUGUCAUCCUGUGCGCCGUCUUUCAUGUGCUAUUUCUGGCCACUUGCUCUGGAGAACCGAGUGUGUUUAUCACCAUGCCGCCUAAUGUGAUAGUUGGGGAGGAGAAUAUCAUUGGAGUGUGGACUACGUCGGACGCUUCGAACAUAACCAUGCGCACCAGUAUACCACAGCUAUCCGACGAAAUUCUUCAUGAGGAGACACACGUUAUUCAGCGUACUGGAGAUCAAUAUGGUGUCACUAUUGCGUACCACCCGAACUUCAUACCGAUGACGUCAUCACCCCAAGAGGUGACUUUUGACUUCACCGUGAAUUUUUGCUCCGAUACCACUUGUUCCGUGAUAACCAAAAGGCAACUAACCCAGAUAGUUCGCUUUAUCCACAGGCCUAUCAUCGUGUUGGGGGAAACAGACAAACCACUUUACCGCCCCAGUGACACCGUUCGUUUCCGUUUCAUCGCAGUGACUACCCAACUGAUUUCACCGUCAAACAAACCAGCCAGUUAUCCACGCAGAAAGCUGAUCCAGCUUAGUGAUGGCAGUCUCCAGUUGGUAGAUGUAACGACAGAGAAGGAUGACAAUUACCGGAUUCAAUUCCAUGAGAUUUCCGUGAAAGACAGUGCAGGAAAUCGUGUCAAAGUGUGGCGCAACAUCACACCUUUAACCGCCACCAAACUCAAUUACACACUGCUUCCGGAUUCACCGGAAGGCGAAUGGACCAUCACGGCCACAGUAAUGGAUACGGUUGAAAACUUACGGUUCAUGGUGCGUCACUAUGUAUUACCGCGUUUUGUGAUCGCCAUUCAUACCCCAACCGGUCUGUCACUCGAGUCUACCUAUGCUCAAUUUUCCGUGUGUUCUAAUUACUCAAACGGUCCACCCAUGCAAGGAUUUGUGCGAGCCCAUCUGUGUGUCUGCUCGAAACCACGGGAUGAAUCCGCCGAGGAGAAUACCAAACAAGCCAUUUUGGAUGGAGGCAUGUGCUCGGCUGAAGCAUACUCAAACAAACCACGACCAUGCGCGAUUGCCCAGCUCGUAGUCGACGAUACUGGAUGUGCCCUGUUCAACGUGUCCACCCAGCCACUCGGAUUGAACAAGCCAGAGUAUUCCCAAUGGAAUCAGGUGGCAGUUGUAUGCGCAAAUGUGGAAGAGGACGGUACAAAAUCCAAUGUAGCUGACUGCAAAAUCGGAAAGGAAUUGAUGCGACGCGCAGAUGAACCGAAACUGGAAAUACAGAGUGUAUACAAGGUUGGACUUCCAAUCACCGGGUUCCUCACCGCACCUAAAUUGUCGAACGCACGGUUGAAGUUCGUGGUAUCAGAACAGCCCGAAGGGUGUGGGUGGGGUUUUCGACACGGCAGUCGGGUGUCAAUAACAAAGCAUCUCCAUUCUGCACUGUUGACCUUGAACGAAACUGGCGCAGCUAACUUUUUAAUUCCACCUCUUGAUUCUACAAAGUCCGUCGUCAUCAAAUUUACUCACACCGAUGUCAAUCAGAGCGACCGAAUUAUAACCGAGAAGAUAGCACCGGGUUUGCGAUACAUUCGACCAGUUGAUGACAGUGUGGUGGCUAGCGAAGUGCUCAGACCAUGGCGCGAUAUACAGAGCGUGGUCAUGCAGUUGUGGCCGACGGAAGGAUCCGUUCAGUACGCGUGUCCUGGCGAGGUGAGUUUCCAAGUGAUUGCGAACACACAGCUGGCUGACAAAGUGUUCCAUAUUCAGUCCAAUGUGAGGGGGAAAAUUCUGACUCACGUUAUACCUGCAAUUUCUAAAGGAUCAGAGCCAUGUAUAGAUGUUGACGGAGAGUUAGGGCAUUAUCGUUGCCUCAACCCCACGGGAGACCGUAUCGAAUGCCUCCAAGGAUGGACUGGAGCUAAUUGUUUGAAGCCUGUUUGUGCAGCGGAGUGCCAUCCGCGGGGUGGUACCUGCAAUGUGCCGAAUGGAUGUAUCUGUCUUGAGGGCUGGAGCGGCUCCAACUGUGAUCACUGUGCUCCGCUAGAAGGUUGUAAACAUGGAACAUGCGUCAACGGAAAUGACUGUGAAUGCGAUGCUGGUUGGGGCGGUUAUCUUUGUGAUAGGAAGCUUGUGGAAUACGAGAGAAUUCCAGAAGUGGAUGAAAGUGAAACGUCCAGAAUGUAUGCCACCGAAUCCAGUGAACCAUCUGAAUUUGACACAGUAUCGACCGACUUGCCAGUGCGGACGCUAUUUACGCGGCAAAUUCAAUUCAACCUAACCGGAGAUUGGGGCCCGGAUGCGACCGUGGUUGUGUAUUUCUAUCAAAACAGCGAAUCGGGGCAAGUUGUCGUUCCAACCGUGGUGAAACUGGAGAAUAUGUAUCAAUGUAUCAGUCGCUCAGUCGCAGAGUUGGUGGAGUCUGGUAAGAAAGGUAUGCAGUUUGAUGCCUCUCGCGUCAGUCCUGGUCAAGAUGUCCAGUUGGUGAUCGCCCCCACCGGAAUCGGACGUGUGCCAUACAACACGACUGAUGAGACUGAGGGGCUGUGCUUUGUCCGCAUCUCCGAUGUGUCGCUGAAAAAUUUCGACCAGGGUGAAAAUGCGAUUGAUCGCCUCUCUGUUGCCAAUCGCAUGCAGCAGCUAACCACGUCUGGUUCACGAACGUCACCAAUGCUCACUAAUUCUAUGGAGGCAUUUCAAAGUGCAGGUCUACUCAUUAGUUCAUCUACAAUAAUGGAUGUUAUUGAGCCGUCCAUACCAAUGUGCUACUUUACAGCGGAAUUGAACGAACCUUUACCUAUGAAGUCUCAUUUUCCGAGUAAUAGUUUUAAGAAGAAGGAAGGUGAUUUGACGAAACUUUCCGAUACACAAUCCAUGAAAUCAAAGAUGUGGCUGCGAAGCUUCUUUCCGGAAGUAUGGAAAUUCGAGGUCUAUAAGCUUAACUCACCGAACAUCAUAAAGCAGUUCACCGCACCAGAUACCAUAACCACUUGGAUUGCUUCCGCAUUCUGCACAACACAAUCCAACGGACUGUGGAUUCCAAAUGUUGAGACUUUGACCGUCAGCAUGCCAUUCUACGUCGAUAUCACCUUACCAGUACAUGUGAAGCGUGGUGAAAUACUCUACUUACCAGUCAGCGUGUUUAUGGAAGCAGACAUAGGAGAUUCCCAAAAAUGUUUGGAGGCUCAAGUACAAACCACUGUGGACGCGAAUGAGUGGCUUAGAGUGGGGACCAGCUCGUACACUGGUUGUGUCUGCGAGAGUCAGAAAGUAACUUUCCAACUUGGACUGCUACCAAUACAGCUGGGGAAACUGAAUGUGACCGUGGAAGCACAAGCCACAGUCGGUAGUCAAUUGUGCAACCAGGAAAUAGAUCCUGUUGUUCAAAAGGAGGACGAGGUGAAAGUACACGUGCUCUCAGACAUAAUUCAGCGACAGAUACGUGUUAUUCCAGAGGGUAUCCCUCAGGAACUAGCUAUUGGUGGAAUCCUUCACAUCCAACCGAACGAAUCGGCGACGAAGCAAACAUUCCCAAUCAGCCUACCAAGUAAGAUUGUCAGCGAUUCCCUGCGAAUCUACGUAUCGUAUUCUGAUGAUAUUCUCGGUCCAGCACUUAACCAUCUAGAUAGCCUUAUACGUCUUCCAUUGGGGUGUGGUGAACAAAAUAUGGUCCUUGUCGCCCCAAGUGUGUACGCAUUGGAUUACCUUACAUCGAUGCACUCAGCCAACACUGAUCGCACACUGAGUUUGGUGAACCAAGCUAGAAAUUACAUUUUAAUGGGGUACCAGCGCCAGCUAAACUAUAGAUUAUCGGACGGUUCCUAUUCGGCCUUCGGCAAAUCAGAUAAGAUUGGAAGCACUUGGCUGACUGCGUUUGUGCUUAGAGUGUUCGCGAAAGCCCACAAAGUGGACAGCAGUAUAUCCAUCGAUUGGGCAGUGUUUUUCAACGAAACAAUUGCAUUUCUGAAACAACGUCAGAAUCUGACUGGAUCCGGGUGCUUUGUGGAGAAGGGUCGUGUGAUCCACACGGCAAUGCAAGGUGGCACUGGCAAUCAACUCGACCUAAGCCCAGAGCAGCUCCUCACUGCCUACGUUUUGACUGCGUUAGUUGAGACCAAGCCCCAAGGAGAAGAGGAAGCCUACUCACCUGAGCUAAGUCAAAUGAUUCAGGCUGGAAUGAAGUGUCUCAAGGUGGGAAGGCUGGGUGAAAUGACAUCCAGCGAUCAGUUACAGAACGUGUCCACCUACGGAUUGAUGCAGCUGGCACUGGCGUUAGCCUUUUGCGAACCGCAGAAUCCGUUGAUGUCUGUUGUCGCAAGCGAAAUAAUUAAAAGAAGGUUAUCGAACUCUGUCCGAUCUGGCACUUACUGGACCAGCGAUGGAAAGAAGAUUAUUGGUGAAGCAGGUGCGCUAGAUAUUGAGACGACGAGCUACGCGUACUUAGCUCUGGCCAAAAUGGGUGUGCAGUUCUCUGAUCUGUUCUCUAUCGUUCGCUGGCUAUCCUCUCAGCAAUCCGCCACUGGAGGAUUCCGUUCCACUCAAGACACCAUUUUGGCAUUAGAAGUAAUCAGCGAUGGCGCAAAGCGACUCGGGCUGAACCAAUCGGCCAUCAGUGAACCACAAGAGCUCACAGUUCUCGCCACCAUACUGCCGGCCAAUAUUUCGGUUAGUUCUACACUUACGGAGACAAAGAUGAAUGUUGUCCACCGAUUUUCUGUUGUGAAGAUGAUACCGGCUGAUGUUAAAUACGUUGAGUGGGCUGUCUCGUCAAAUGGAACUUCACAAGGUACCUACCUCUCUGUCCAAACUGAACUCUUUUACAAUGUUCCGGAUAGGCAUGAAGUGGAAAAUGCGAGCUUUGUGCUGGUAACCAGCGUAGUUCAGGGUGCUUUCCCUCAAAAGGACGCAUGCAAGCUUGCCAAUAUCACGAUAUGUCUCCGACUACCGGAUAUCGACUCCAAUCCUCAACCUACCGGAAUGCUGCUCAUCGAGAUCGGCAUGGUGAGUGGAUGGUCACCAGUUAGAGAGGAACUGCUCCGAUUGAUCGUGAACGAAGGAGAAUCAAUGCGAAGUGUGGAAAUCGGGGGCGAUGGGACUGUUUCACUAUUCUUCAACGGCUUCACCUCUGAGGAGGUGAGAACCAUUGGACUUAAUAAGCGGUCUACUUCCAAAAGAUGUGCCACCGUACCCUUAAAGCAGGAUUUAUACGUGAAGAACUCUCAACCUGCGGAAGUUGUGGCCAAAGACUACUAUGCGCCAGACCAAUCGGUCGCUGUUAACUACUCACUUUACGAUUGUGAGUCGGUUUGGUUCACUCCAGGUGACUUGCAACCGCCUUCCGAUAAAACUGAGUACCCCACGUCCACUUUAACUACACCAGUCCCGUCGACGUCAAUGCACCGCAACUGCCCCGCCUGUGUGAUUAAAGCGGAGGAAAACGAAUCUCUCGUGGAACAGUUCUAUCAAGGGCUUUGCAAGGGCUACAACAACGUGUUCCUGUUCAGUGUGCACUCCGGUUCGGGUGAUGAAUACAAUGUAACAAUAUCAUCAUUCGACUCAUCCACUCAUGUCGCAAGUUGGAAUGCCACCUUGAAUCUAGCCGACUGCUCCUGCCCAGUUGUGACUACCAGUAAGCAUUUGAUGAUGUUUUCACCUGAGGAUUUUGACUUUUAUCCGGGUGACGCGGAGGUGAGCAUUCGAUCUACUCGGUCAUUCGCCAUUGUUUCAUCGGUUCAAGAGCUGUUUCCGUAUGUGAAAGGUGCAUUCGAUAUGUGGAAAUACAACACGACCGUUAAUGAAACGACUGACGCCGCUUUUCCCUGGAUGAUUAACGGGUGGAAUUGCAAAAGGAUUCAGACUGUAUACCGUUACAUAGUGGCGAAAAUGUUGUGA